AUGAAGGGGUCUUUGACUGGAGAGGGCGGCGGCUACGAUUGGGAGCGCUUGUCCUACCUAAGCCUGCACACUCUUGACACUCCGACAGGCUGCCAGUACGCUCGAAUGCGCAUCAACAGAGAGCUUUUGGACGCGUGGUUGUCAAAGCGCAUCUCGUUUGCUGGAAAGAAGUUCGACGACGCAGAGAUCAAGUUGACAGAUGAGGAUUUGUCGAGUGAGUUGAAGGAGAUCCCUGGCUCGGAAUGCAUCAAGUCGGCCGAUGCCUUGAAGUUGGAAGUUCUCGUGAGAGAGGGGACCAAGAUGGUCAUUCACCGGGACCAGGCCAGGCAAUGGCUUUCGAAGGGGCCGCCCUACGAGGAGGAGUUCAAGCUCCUACUGGAGACUCACAUGCAGAAGUACGAAAAUGCACUUGCGUCGUUGAUCACUCCAGCUGGGAGCACGCCCAGCGGUCAGACUCAGACCACCGCAGUUGUUGUUGCAGCUGAAGAGGGUGGUUCUGAUGCUCCUCCUGUUACUUUCGAGUCAGUGGAGAAGCUUCAGGCAGCAGAUCCAAUUGCCACUCGUGUUGCGUCAGAGUUCAGUGGUGUGGAGCUCCUUCUUACUACGAGCAAGAAGAUCUUCCUCUUGGCAGACAAAGUGAAGUCGAUUCCAAAGUGGACCAUCCUUGGUGGGUUUGGCACUGGGAAGUAUGUCGAGAAGGGUGAGGAGGGGACUGGCGUUGAAUUUGGGUGGCUGAAUGGAGACAAAACCCUCUGCCAGCUUGACCAUAGCUCGGUAUCGCCAGAGCACAACCACUGCGAAGUGCUCACUUUGUACAAGCUGCUUACCUACUUGGAACGGGUCAAGAAGAUCACUGCCUACAAGAUAUCAUAUUCGGAUUGCUCAAGGGCAUCGUCUGCAGGUCAGACUGAUGGUUUCAACGUGUGCGUCAAGUCAGAGAUGAAGUACAAGCCUUUGACCAGCGCUGAGAAGACGGUGUCGGCCAAGAGUUUUUUUCGCGUCCUGUAUCGCAGAGACGGAGGCGAGCAAGGUGAUCUCGAAAGUCUUUCGAUUCCGUUUUGA